AUGAUGGACAAGACACGGGCGAAUCCGGUCUCUGUCAGCGCACACACCGUCCAGUGUAUUAGAGAUGGUCAGUUUGUGGUAGUGGUGUCUAGAGAUGUUACUCUGCCUCGACUGAGUCUGGAUACGGUUCAUCUACUGGGUGGAAAUGACCCACCUUGUGCUCCUGUGGGGUCUACACCUUCCUUUGCUAUAUACCAGUUCCCUGUGACCGCAUGUGGCACGAGCGUGAUGGAGGACAGCGGAUAUGUGGUGUAUGAAAACCGAAUGACCUCCUCGUAUGAAGUGGGGAUUGGACCAUAUGGUUCUAUCACAAGGGACAGUCAUUUUGAGUUUCUCUUCCAGUGUAGAUAUUCAGGAACUUCAGUGGAAGCUCUGGUUGUGGAGGUCAACUCCGUUCCUCCACCUCCACCAGUAGCUGCUCCUGGACCUCUCAGGGUGGAGCUCAGACUGGCCAAUGGCCAAUGCGUCACCAAAGGCUGUGCUGAAGGGGAUGAGGCCUACACGUCCUAUUACAGUGACGCUGAUUAUCCCAUCACAAAAGUCCUGCGAGAGCCUGUGUAUGUUGAGGUGCACAUUAUGGAGAGGACCGACCCCAACAUUGUCCUGACGCUGGGACGUUGUUGGACGACUUCAACCCCCAGUCCACUCAGUCUCCCCCAGUGGGACCUUCUGAUCGACGGAUGCCCUUACCAGGACGACCGCUAUCUGACCACACUGGUUCCAGUGACUGGAUCGUCUGGUCUUCAGUUCCCAACCCACUACAAGCGCUUUGUUGUGAAGAUGUUCACAUUUGUAGAUCCAGCCUCACUGGCUGCUCUGCAGGAAACCAUCUUCAUCCACUGCACUACAGAGGUGUGCCAUCCAUCAUCUGGCUCUUGUGAGCAAAGCUGCACCAGGAAACGAAGAGACACUCGUAUCAAGGCUGUCUCUGGGGAGCAGACUGUGGUUUCUAGUGGAGAAGUUACUCUGGUCAUGUAAAUCUAGUGUUUUUAAUAAACUUUUCAGAACCCUUAGGUGUCUUUUUGUCUAUUGGUAUUGUUUUGGUUCGGCAGAAUGCGGGAUUACAUGCCUCUUCCCAGUGUUUUUAUUCUUUCCCCUCUCACUAUUAAACCAAGGUUCCACAA